UUUCAUUCCCCGCCUUUUAUUUCCCCAUGAGAUUUGGUCUGCAAAAAACACCUAUACCCAACGCAUUUUUCUUUUACGAUUCUGCUUCAAGAACAAAACAUCACCCAAUAGUGUCAUUGCCGCACCCACGACGAUUGCUAGCCGACCUGCGCAAUUAGUACCAUUGUUCCUCCCACUCAAGAGUAUUCAUUUCUUUUUCAGCAGAUACCGAUUUAUAUUUGGAAUCAUGCCCGGCGAGCACGGUCCGGGGAUUUGCAGUUGCCAGGACGAGCACAACGCCCUGGGGUUGACGGCCAAAUGGCUGAACCCCCACAUCGCGCUGGACCAGGCCACGGCACUGAACGUGGACUCGGGCGACAUCAAGCGGGUUUUGAAAAAAUCCUACGACAACCGGCUCCGGGAUGAGCUCGGCUGCGUCACGACCCCGGACGACGACAACGAAAUGCUGGUGUUCAUCCCGUUCUCCAGUCCCGUCAUGCUGCAAUCCGUCUACAUCAUCGGCGGCGAAGGGUCCCAACACCCGCGGAAGGCGCGGCUGUUCGCGAAUCCGCCCAGCAGCUGCACCGGGUUUUCGGAGUUCGCGGACCGGCAGCCCGAGCAGGCGCUGGACCUCGCGGAAGACCUCUGUGGGGCGGUCGAGUACCCAGUAAGGGCGACCAAGUUCACAAACCUGCAGCAGCUAGUCAUACACUUUGAAACGGUAUAUGAGCUUUCAUUUUUAUUUUCUACGUAAAGUGCUUGCAUUUUGUAAAGUUGCAAUUAGUGGCGCCAUGGAGUCUGCUCAUCAUCACUGACGCCGGAUAGAACGAAGCAUCGUCUCGAUGAACAUAGAAACUCAAAUUUACAAUUUUGCGGUCGCUGCAGCACCCGCCCAAAUAGAUUGCCACUUACAGCAGGACGGUGCAGGAUUUCCGCGCACGGAGAAAGUUGUAUUACCAGUUUCUUUGAUGAGGCCUUGCCGAAGAAACGCAAACGACUUUCCAGAAAAAUCAGCGCCGCGUUGCUUCCGAGUCCUGCGUCUCUGGGAUGAAUACCGAACGCAUAAAACUAUCUGCGCCGCCCAGAAGUUUCUCAUUCUCUGCAAGCUUUUCUAACGCGCUCUGCCCACGCCCAAGGCCUUCCCGCGCGCGCCCCGUUUCCGCAUGCAUUCGUGCUACAGCUACUUCUGUGUAAGUAUCUAUAAAAAUAACAAAUCAUCUGUGUAGCAGUAGCUGACAGGGACGUCUUGUGAAUAUUUAGAGCGGCCUUCAUCUACACAUUGUUUGAUUGAGGCCAGACUCUUAAUGAAAAAGAUGAAAAACUGCUCCCCUCCACAAAUGAUCUCAUUUGAGGCUAGAAGAUUUAUUUACCCACGAUUAUAGUGCCACGACUUAUACAUAGAUUUUCAUCCUUUUUCCAAAUCUCGUACACCACUUUUACUGUCGAAAAACAUCAUAACUACAGGACGAGACAGCUGAGGAGAAAGAGGUAUUUUGGAUCGGCCUCAAGGGCACCCCAACCGACUACAAACGGCAAGCGGUAAUCACCGUGUACGAGAGCCAGGCCAACGUCGCGGAUCACGAAGCACCCGAGGAAGCGUUCGCUGCCAACAUGAUGCAGCACUGAUCACGAUAGUGCUUGCCGCUCCUCCUCCUGGAAGGCGUGCUUGGCGAGGACCACGUAUUGAACGUGAAGACGGGCGGGCGGCAGGCGGCGAUGCAGCGCGGCGGUAUCAUGUACUACCGGGUCGUGAUGUUCAUCCUCUGCUAGCGCUCAUUGUGGGGGCCGAGUUGGUCGUGGGAAGAAGGAAAUGCAAGAAAUGCUUGCUCGCCGGAGUUCAACAGUUAACGACAGCCACAUCAUGUACGGGCGUUGCACAUCAACCGGUCGACGUCGCGAAUCUCGACGACCAGCGGUGGAGGCCGACGCGGUCGAACAUGGCAGGAUGCGGACGCGGAGUCGGAGUGUACUUGGGUAGCUCGACGGGGACGGAGGCGCCGGGGUUGUUACAAUGACGGAGCGUUCAACAACAGGGACAGGACGACGAGGAAAAAAUCGCUCAGGCCAAGUUGUGCGAAGCUUGCUCAGAAGUAGAGCACACACGCCACCGUCAGCAGCUUUUGCCAGAAGAAAAAAAAGCGAAUGAAUGGCGUGGUCAUGGUGCUGGUACACAAGCACCACGAUAGAAUGUCGUCUUUUGUCUUCAAACUCGCAAGUUUUACUGGCGACACAGAGAAAUAACAGAAACAGCAUCAAACUGAGUGACAAGUACUGUUGGGCCGCACAAGUAGGAUGCGAUGCGCCGACGCAGCACAAUCGAAAGACUUUUCAACGCUAGACUCAUCUUCGGAGUUUCCAUGUUGAGGUACUCCUGAUUGAGCUUGACGCAGGCACUCAUUUCAAUUUACGGAGGUAGCUUGCUCGUCGGCUGCAGCUCCUACAAAGUGUUCAUAGACG